CACACACACCACACACACACACACACACACACAAACAUUAGACACACAGAGGGAGGAGAAGGCGGAUCUGUAAGUAGAAACAGGACUUCCUCGGACGGAAAACGCAAUCAUGGAGGAUCCUGCUCCACGCUCCGGUAGCUCUUCCUUUGUGUGGCUGGUGGGAGCGUCACAGGUUGUGGGUUUGGCGUCGGUGGUGCUGACUGGCGUGUGGAUGGGUCACUACAGAGGGGGUUUCGCCUGGGACGGCUCAGCGCAGGAGUUCAACCUGCACCCUCUGUGCAUGGUGCUGGGGCUGGUUUUCCUGCAGGGCGACGCCAUCCUGGUCUACAGGAUAUUUCGAAAUGAGCCCAAGAGGAACGUCAAGAUGCUUCAUGGCAUCAUUCAUCUGCUCGCCCUCAUCUUAAGCAUCAUAGGUUUUGUAGCUGUAUUUGACUUCCACAGAGCAGCAAAGAUCCCCAACAUGUACUCUCUACACAGCUGGUGUGGGAUGGCUACACUCAUCUUAUUCUGCGUACAGUGGGUGAUGGGCUUGAUGUUCUUCCUGUUCCCCGUUGCAUCGUCAUGGUUACGAGCAGCAUACCUCCCCGUCCACGUGUUCUGCGGUCUCGUUCUGCUGGUCAUGGCCAUAGGGAGCUGCCUGCUGGGCAUCACGGAGAAACUCCUCUUUAGCAUCAUGCCGACCUACUCUGCAUUUGUCUCCGAGGGGGUCCUGGCUAACACCUUGGGGAUCCUUCUGAUUUGCUUCGGGGUGCUGCUCAGCUUCCUAAUCACCAGGGAGGAGUACAGACGUCCGCCAAACCCGGAGGAAGAGGCUCUGUCCGUCCACUUCAAGACACUGACCGAGGGAGGCUCUCCCAGCUCGCCCUGACCUCGACGAAAAACAUCCGCCCGCUCCAAUUUUAUUCGUAUUUAUACAAGCUGUUUCCUGCCAACAGUCUACCUGCGCACUUCAUUAGUAAACAUUUUAGUUUGGGAUUUUAAGGAGACUCAUGUCGUCAACGCUAAGCCUCUAAUGUACACUGCAACACUUCAAGCAGAAAUAUGAAUGACAGGUUAGAGUGACUCCAGAUACACUUGUGUAAUUAUGGGCUUUCACUAUAGUUUAGCACGGUCCUAAUUAACCAUAUUCCAAAAACAGCUGUUUUCUUUGACCUCAUGCUCAGGAUGGGAAGCUGACACCGUGUCCUAACAGCACGCAAGAGUUUGAUAAAGUGUUGCGUCACAAACGAUCGCACGGUCGCUGUCCACACCGCAUCAGUUAAAUAUUUAAUGUUCUGCUCUGUGGAUUUCAGUUUCCCCUUGCCAACAUUUUGACGUGUUGUGCUUUUGUUUGAAGGUGGACAAAGAGACGUGUGGUGCUUUGUAUUGAUGAGCUGUUGACUCAAAUCACAACACUCAGACGCUCGUCAACAAACGGCUCGCAGUGAGCCAGAUAAAGUUUUUGUUGACACAAGUCAAAGCUCAACAUUUCAAUCAUGGACGUGGAUAUUAAUCAUGCACUGUUAUCUCAACUUUGUCAGACAAGCUAACGAGCUCUGUGAAGUGAGAAAAGCGAGUGACAGUGCCUUGCAGAGCCUCCUCUCUCUCGUUCCUCGUCUAUGUGAGCGACAGAGAGGAAAAUAGAAUCGUAAAACGGCGCCCCGUGACUGACUGACUGCGUCGCUCGCAAGAAGCGAUUAAAGCGAUUAAGGUGAAACGAUCGCGACUUCUAACCUUGACCUCAGUGGCAUUAAAACUAUAAGAGCUAUUCAGCGUCCCAUCUGGAGCAUGAUGUAAAAGGAAAAUGGCUGUUGUAUCUGGUUAAUAGUGACCCAUGUAUCUAAUUAACUCUGCUUUUAUUCUGCUGCUAUUUGCCUUACGUUUGCUAUUUAUAUAUUCAGAAUCUUUUGCAUCAAAUAUAUUUUUCUUUAAAUAUUGGAAACUUAAGUAAGACUUAGGCCAUGGGUUCAUUAAACUAACAAAUAACGCUGUAAUGCAAAAUCUUUAUAGAUCUUUAAAGGAAGAAUGUGCGACUUUUUGAAACAGUAGAUGUCGCCCUUGAGCACCAGCAUGAAACCAAAACAAACUGCUGUUUGGCCACGCCUCCUCCAUGCUGAAGCCCCUGCUCUCCUCCAGAGACACACCUCCAACCCCGCUCCACUCGCGUUCACACCAUAAUUAAGCGCAAGCGGAGGACAAAUCGUCCUUUCCUCGAGCUGCUCGCUGUGGCCUGCAUUGUUGUGUUAGCAUGCUAAUGUUAGCGCUCUUUAGUUAGCUCGUAGCUUCACAUUUCAUGUACAUUAGCACAGAAUGAGUGUGAUCUAAAAUAGCUUACGAGACAUCCAAAUAAUCAGUGAGUAUGUUCUUCUUCUCUCUAGUUCUUGACUAAAACAGCUUUUAUACACAAGGGGAGGAGCCGGCCGUCCCGUCCAUGUAAACACGGCUCUGACAACAACACAGCCAGCGGGACUCGAGCUUCUCCCUCAUUGUAGACAGUCAGGACUCAGAGACACAUUUAGACAGGAGAGACUUGGUCUCUGAUAUAUUUAUGUUUUAUAAAUGUCGCACAUUCUUCCUUUAAGUAAAAAGUUAAAAUUGAAAACUCAAUAUUACAUUAUUUAUAUUUAUUAUAAGACUAUUAAUUGCACUCUAAUUAAGUCUGCCUUCGGAUUUUCCACAGUGUGAAGCCUUGUCACUAGUUAGUCCACAUCGUGUCGCGUGUGAAGAUGUACUCAGUUUGUCAAUUUGUGUUUCAAUGAUCCGUCAUGAAAGAGUAUAUCUGUCCAGUGUGUAUUUAUGAAUGUAUGUAAUGAGAGUUUUGUUACUUGAUGCUUUUUAAUGUGUGGAACCAAAUAAAAACACGUAGCUUCAGAUUGUUUGCUUGACUUCGGGACUCGGCUCUUGUGCCAAAUACAAAGCUUUUACCUGUAAUGGAAAAAUCUACAUUGUUGAAUGUUGUUGUUUUUUUGUGUCAAAGUUGUCUAUUAGAGGACGUCCUCUUAACGGGACAACCUGAAAUAAACAUAACUGUGUUCAUUAUUUUUA